UUGUUAUUUAUUUAUAUUGCUGCUGUUGCUGCUGUAGAUGUAGUAUUUGUACAGUUGUAAUAAAUUCAUACUUUUUUUUAAGUGCUAACGCGUUAGUCUACCUGUUUCUCACGCACCGCUCAGGGAGAGACAUAUUAACAAAAGCACUACGCAAAGACAUGUACCGGCGAUAGUUAAUGCUGUCGUGUUCAUUGAACUCAAUGGUUUUGAUCAGAACACGGGGGAAACGCGUGUGUGCAUCUGAGGGAGGAGAUGCUGAACACUCAGACCCACACACAUAUUGAUCAUUAUAAGAGGGCGCGCUGUAAUAGCCUAGGUCAUCACGCCUACAGCGAUAUCCUGUGCUUUAAAUGUCUUGAGGUCGACUUCUCCCACUGAGAGGAUGCUUGUUCGGGGAUGAGAAAGGCGUUGUCGCAGGUCUCGGUUCCGAACAGAAGUUGUGGAUUUCUUCGGAGGUGUGUGUCGUCUUGCUCAUGCAAUAACAGUAUCAUGGCAGCCUUCAAUGGUGUGUGGACUCAGGAAUUCUGGCGAGCGGUUUCGGGGGAGUUUUUAGCCAUGAUAAUAUUUGUACUGCUCAGUUUGGGAUCCACCAUCAACUGGGCAGCAACACAGGAGAACCCUCCGCCUGCCGACCUCGUCCUCAUCUCUCUCUGCUUUGGUUUAUCCAUCGCAACCCUCGUCCAGUGUUUUGGGCACAUCAGCGGUGCCCACAUUAACCCGGCCGUCACUGCGGCGAUGGUUGCUACACGGAAGCUGAGUCUGGCAAAGGGUGUGUUUUAUUUGUUGGCACAGUGUCUGGGGGCAGUGGUGGGGGCGGCCAUCUUGUACGGAGUGACACCAGCAUCAGUGAGAGGAGGAAUGGGAGUGACUUCUGUCAAUACUGAAAUCUCCACUGGUCAUGCAAUUGUGAUAGAGCUCAUAAUCACUUUUGAGCUUGUCUUCACUGUCUUUGCCACCUGUGACCCCAAACGCAAUGAUCUCAAAGGUUCGGCAGCCCUGGCUAUUGGGCUGUCGGUGUGCAUCGGCCAUCUGUUUGCUAUCCCGUACACUGGAGCCAGUAUGAAUCCAGCUCGCUCUUUUGGGCCUGCGGUCAUCAUGGCAAAAUGGCAGGACCAUUGGGUGUACUGGGUGGGUCCUUUAAUAGGGGGCAUCCUGGCUGCAGCUGUGUACGAAUAUCUAUUCUGUCCCAACCCUGACCUGAAGCGACGCUAUGCUGACGUCCUCUCCAAGAGCCCCUUCCAAAUCGACCCGUAUCGGGUGGUGGACACAGAUUCAUACCCCAGCGAUCAAGCUCGGCUCAUGGCCAAGCAGGCAGCGAUCAGAGUGCUGGACCUGGAGAGGACAGAGAAGGAGAGGGAGUCGGCUGGAGAGGUGCUAUCGUCUGUAUGACUAGUGAGAGGCACUGAGGAGGAACAGCACAACACUUACAGCAUUAAUGAGCUCAAAGAGACGGAUCUGAUCUAGAGUCACACUCUGUGUUUGUGCACAGAUCCUCUACUGAAUGACUCACAACACUUGACUUUAAUCAUGAAGAAUGAGCUACGAACCGCCUAAUGGUCUCGCUUAAAACGCUCUUCCUUGUAUGCCAGUCACAGGCCAUAGAUCUCAUAUCCAAUAGAAUCCACUUUGAAGAUUUUAGUCAGUCACUGAACAUCCUUUAGCAGAUGCACCUCAUCAACUACUGAAUCAAUAACUAAAUGGGAUUCUCACAUCUAAGCAAAUAUAACGCUUUUGUUUGGUCUACGGGUUAUUACCUGGCAAUCAGGGUUGAGAUUAGAGCAUCACCAUAGUAAUGCAGAUCAUUUUCCUUCUCAGUGCACUCUCUAUGAAUUGACCCCUUCUGUCCUCAUCUUCUCCCUUUCAAAUCUUAUGUUGUUUAGAGUAUUUUUAUAGUUUUGUUUUUCUUUAAGGUUAUGAAUGUUGUAUCUUGAGUUUUAUUUUCUAUUUGAGUUGAAAAUGCAUGAUUUGUCUGCUUAUGAUUUUAUUUCUGUCUUCACCUUCUCCCUUUUUGUAUCUGAUGUUGUAUUGAGUAUUUUUAUAUGUUAUGUUUGUCUUUAAGGCUAUUAAUGUUAUACCUUUGAAUGUUUUCGGCCCAAAAUUUGUCCACCUAUGAUUUUACUUGUUAAAAUCACUCAUAUUGUGUCCAUCCACCUUUACUUAUUCUCAUACUCUCGCGAAAACAUGUAAUCAAUGGAAAAUGUUACUAGUGUUAUGUUUUAGAUUAAUUUUUCUUUCUUUUUUUUAUACAAUCAAGCAUAAUCACUGUCUCAGUUCUUUCAUAUUAAUUGCCA